UCCACAGCGCCUUGGUUGACAUUGUUGUGGGAGUGAAUAUACUUUAUCAUCGGGUCUUUUAAAUCAUAUUCGCCCGGACGUGGUUGUAAUUUUCUUUCAAUUAAAGAAACAAGUCGUCAGAAAUCUGGAAGUAAUCAUUUUACUACCUGCAAUGACAAGACUAAUCGGACGAUGAAAGACCCAUGUACGAGGCCGCUCAAGGUGCGGCUGUGAAGGACAGUCUCCCCUGACAACCGUGUGUGUGUGUGUGUGUGUGUGUGUGUGUGUGUGUGUGAGUGUGAGGGUGUGUGCUUGCGUGCGAGUGCAUGCAAGUGUGCGUGUGUGUGGUUGUGAGAGUGUCUGUUUGCGUGCGAACCCUUUCAUGCGUGCAUGCUACAUUUCUUUCUCCUGAUGCCGCCUGCCACAUUGUAAAUUCAUGAUCACAUGACCUUGGAUAUGGACGCAGUCCUGUCCGACUUUGUCCGUUCUACUGGAGCUGAACCAGGAUUGGCCCGAGACUUACUAGAAGGCAAGAACUGGGACCUGACUGCCGCCCUCAGCGACUUUGAGCAGCUGAGGCAGGUGCACACAGACACCUUAACGUACUCGUUUGUGGAAGAGAGGGACUACCCCCCUCCCCCCGAAAAGGAGGUGGCUCGCGUGAGUCGGCCACUCCUGCACAGGCAGGAUGAGGUGGUGCAAGCCACCGAAAAGCGCCUCUCCCGAGGCAUCUCGCACGCCAGCUCCACCAUCGUGUCGCUGGCGCGAUCGCACGUGUCCAGCACGGGGGUGGCGGGUGUGGGCAGCACCGAGCCCUUGCUGGACACGCCCGUCUGCACCUUCCAGCUGCCCGACCUCACCGUCUACCGCGAGGACUUCCGCGGUUUCAUCGAGCGCGACCUCAUCGAACAGUCCAUGAUGGUGGCGCUCGAGCAAGCCGGGAGACUGAACUGGUGGACUCGCGUAGGCCCCGGCUGCCAGAGUCUGCUGCCCCUGGCCACUAGUGGGGAUGGGAACUGCCUACUCCACGCCGCCUCCUUGGGUAUGUGGGGUUUCCAUGACCGGGACCUGAUGCUGCGGAAGGCCCUGUAUGCACUGAUGGACCACGGCCAGGAGAGGGAAGCACUGAGGCGGCGCUGGCGCUGGCAGCAGACCAUGCAGAACAAAGAGUCGGGCCUGGUGUACACGGAGGAGGAGUGGCAGAAGGAGUGGAACGAGUUACUGAAGCUGGCAUCCAGCGAACCCAGAAUACAUUACAGCGCCAACGGCACCAACGGGGCGGAGUCCGCGGAGGAGCCAGUGUAUGAGAGCCUGGAGGAGUUCCACGUGUUUGUUCUGGCCCAUGUGCUGCGGAGACCCAUCGUGGUGGUGGCGGACACCAUGCUAAGGGACUCUGGUGGAGAGGCCUUUGCACCGAUUCCAUUUGGAGGGAUCUACCUGCCCCUAGAGGUGCCAGCCAGCAAGUGCCACCGCUCGCCCCUGGUGCUGGCCUACGACCAGGCCCACUUCUCCGCCCUGGUGUCCAUGGAGCAGAAGGAUGGCUCCAAAGAGCAAGCGGUGAUUCCCCUGACGGAUUCUGAUCAUAAAAUGCUGCCGCUCCAUUUCGCGGUGGAUCCAGGGAAGGACUGGGAAUGGGGGAAGGAUGACAGUGACAAUGUGAUGCUGGCCAGUGUGACCCUGUCCCUGGAGGCCAAGCUGCAUCUCCUGCACUGCUACAUGACGGUGACCUGGCUGCCCUUGCCUUGCGAGGUACAGCAAGCUCCGCUGGCCCAGCCUGAGUCGCCGACGGCCUCGGCCGGCGAGGAGGCGCGCAGCCCGCCGGACUCGGGCGAGUCGGACAAGGAGUCGGUGAGCAGUAGCUCCAACGGCAACGGCGACAGCAGCACCACGACGACGGCCGGCAGCAACAGCAGCAGCAGCAGCUCGUCCAAGCCCAGCGGCGGCGGAUCAUCCAGCUCCUCAAGCUCCUCCAGCAACAGCUCGGCCACCAAGGAGAAGAGCCGCAAAGACAAGGACAAGGACAAAGACAAGGACAAAGAUAAGGAUAAGGACAAGGAUAAGGAUAAGGACAAGGAGCGGGACAAGAAGAGGGCCGACUCGGUGGCCAACAAGCUGGGCAGCUUCGGCAAGAGCCUGGGCAGCAAGCUGAAGAAGAACGUGGGCGGGCUCAUGACCAGCAAGAACGCCUGCGGGGCGGCAGGCGGCUCUGGCACGCUGGGCAAAGGGGAAGGGGGCGGCGCGGAGAAGAAGAAGGGCUCCCUGAGGGGUCGCAAGGGCAGCAAGGACGGCUCGCCCUCCAUGCAGAGCUCCGAGGACUCCGGCAAAGGGUCGCCGUCCUCCAGCAGCGAGCGGCCCAUCGCGGGGGGUGGCGGCAGCAGCCCCGGCGAGCCCGACCCCUACAAGUACAGCACCGACGUGAAGGUGAGCCUGGGCAUCCUGCGCUCGGCCAUGCAAGGGGAGCGCAAGUACAUCUUCUCCGUCCAGCUGACCACCAGCAACCGGCAGCCCUUCCAGGAGGAGAUGAUCCAGCGCUACCUGGCCGACGCAGAGGAGAGAUUCCGGGCUGAGCAAGAGCAGCGCCGGGAGGCGGAGAGGAGGGGCGUGGGCGGGGGCGUCGGCGGGGGUGCGGCGGCCAUGCCCACACCCAAUGGCACCCAAGCUCGUAAGGAAAGCGGACCCAUCGGCAGCGUUGGCGGUGUUGGUGGAAGUGGAGGGAUGGAUCUGGGAUCUUACCGCAGCUACGAGGCGGCGAAGGAAGAGCUGCAGGUGGAUGGUGGCGUGAGUGGUGUCAGUGGUGUGGGAGGUGGCUCGACGGCGUUCAGCAACUUCAAGCCCACCACCCUCAGCCCCAACAUGUACUCGGGUGUGGUGCCCAUCCCCCGGCCCUCGCUGGUGGAGCACCCGGUGGCCGCCCUGGCUCAGCCCCUCGCCGUGCCCAUGUCGCAGACGCUCAACACGCACAGUUACCUGGACCACCGGCGGCAGCUAGCGGGCGGCGGCGGCGUCCCGGGCCCUUCCGCCUCCUACGUGGGCUUCCCGUCGUACGCCACCCUGCCCCGGCACGUCCCCGUGGUGCAAGAUCCUCUGCCAUCCCUCCACCACCACCCCGCCGCCCAGUACCACCACCCUCCUCUGCCCACCGCCACAGUGGCCAGCCCCUCGCGGCUCAACCACUGCUACCCCUCCUACCCGUCGGACCUGGACCCGGAGCCCGUAGGGGGCGGCGGCGGGUACACCAACGGCUACCGGGACCUGCGCUCCAGCCUGGACGGCGGGGGCAGCCGCACGGUCCCUCCCCCUCAGAGGCACUACUCGCUGGGCAGCGUGGGAGGCCUCUCCAGCCUGCAGUCCAGCCGCUGCCGCACGCCCAGCUGCAACUUCUUCGGACACCCCGAGACCGGCAACUACUGCUCCUACUGCUACCGGGAGGAGCUGAAGAGAAGGGAAACGACGGAGCCCACCAUUCACAGGUUCUGAUGGUGUUUUGAGAGAUGAGAUGAAAAGGGGUUGGAGGAGGAGGAGGAGGAGGGGGAAGGAGCUAGGCAAAUGGUCUUACAAUGCCCUGCCUGCUUGCCUGCCUGCCCGCCCACCUACCUGCCUGCUCAACUCGGGAGGCACCUGCGGUUGAAACGUCCGUUGUGUUCCAAAUGGAAGUACACACAAGUCACAGACUUAACCCCUGCAGACUGACAUGAUGUGGUGUCCUCCCGCACUGACUUAAGACCGUAGCAAGUCUUAAACUGUGAGCGGUCUGGAUGAGGUGGGAGGAGGAUUAGAUCCAAUGUGACUUUGGCGCCAUCUGCAGAGAGAAAACGGGGCCCCUCAAGUCUUCUUUUUUCUCGCUGCAAUGCUGCGGUUAUGCUCUGCUUUGGCGCCUCCCACUGGGCUGAAUGUAAACCGCAGGGGAUUUUUCUUUUUUUUUUUUUUUUGAAAGUGCAUCAUGCUUCAUUGCAUCUUACUAAAAAAAAAAAUACCAUAGACACUCGCACAUACAAAACCCAAGACACACAAAAAAGCACAACUGAAAACUGCUCAUUAAUCUCUACUUUUUGUAAGAAGCAUACAGUCUAUGGCCCUGUAAGUCUAUAAGAAAAGAUUGGGUCGGCAAUGUUCCACUGGACUAAGGUUUUGGGUUUGUAAAUCGAAAAUGACUUCAGUGAAUAUAACACCAGUGUGUCUCGAUGGCAAGAGAAAAGAAAAUGAAAACAAUGCCCGAACUUUCUUGAAAUCAGUCUUCUAAAUAUUUGUCAGAAAUAUUAAGCAAGUGCCAGCGAAAUCAGUUAUCAUUGAUUUCAGUGUUUGCGCUGGUCAGUUGUUCUGAAUUUGGCAAAGCAUCACGGCCUCUCUGAACACGUGUUCAUGUGGUGCAAUGCUCUCCAGGCUCCGUCAGCUCUUGCCACGGAUGGCCACUUCAAACUGCUUCGGCCCACAAGCCAUCAAACAAAACAAAAAAAAGCUUAUUUUUUUGUCAUCAAACAACACUACAGCCACAUCUCUGACAUAGUGUGUUACGGUAGGUGGUAUUUCUAACUUGACUAGUUUUUCCUAACUUGUGGAAGAAGUUACAUUACAGUAAUGGCAGUCUCAGCCUGUGACGCUGCAUACUCACUCACAGAUCAAACGGGACAGUGAAUUAUUAUUGGUGUGGCAUACAUCUCUGGCAAACACAAAAAAAAACUACAUUUGCAAAUAUGUAGACGCUACAGGUCAACCAGUUGCUGCACUUAUCCUUUUUUUCUGAUAAGGAACUGAAAAAACAUCAUUCUCUGUUUUUAAUAUUGGUGGUGUAUUUAAAGAGUGUCUCAAUGUUCUGGUUUCUGACGGUACAGUAUAGCUUUUUAAAAAACAAAAAUAGCCAGUAUCAAAUUCUUGUGAAAGUCAGCGUAAUUAGCUUUAACUCUGUGGUUCGCAUAUAUACAGUAUAUAUAAACAAAACAAAAAAGGUUAAUAGUGUCACAUUAGGACUAGUGAAAAGGCCUAGCCUGGCUAACCAGAAAUAUAUUACUGAAGACAUUGAAAUGAAUUGAAUCGGAUGAAACCAAUGGCAGUUGUCAUGCAAAAAAAGAUAGAAAUACAAUAAUGUUACACAUAUUACGUUCCCCUACCUUUCAAAAGCUCAAGUCACAACAUAGUGUGAUAUCCAAUUGUUUCUGUGAUAUCCAAGUCUUUAGGUGGCUUUCUGCACAAAAACGAAGCACUUUUUUCCGUAGGUCCUGAUUACUGUGUGUGUAUGAUGUGUGGCUGUGUGUUUGCUUGCAUCCGAAUGAAUGUGUGUUUGUGUGCGUGUGCGUGUGUGUGUGUGUACGUGUGUGUGUGUGCAGGCAUGUGUCCUGGUGUGAUUAAAGUAUGCCGUGAGUGUUGUUUCGGACUCUGAAGGUGCCUGCUUCCUCAAUUUGGAGGGGCACUGCUCGUUUGGGCCGGGUCCGGUGCGACUCUGGCUUGGCAUGUUCUGAGGAUGACUGCUUCUCUAUUUUCAUCUCUUGUUCUUUCCAAGUUGCCUUUUGACCCACCCCUCCUUGGCCCAUCUAUACGGGUUUCCAUCUGUCUUUCUGUCCAACGGCUUCAGUGUCUCUCUCCCCUUGUUAUUUAUUUUUUCAAAUCCAUAAACUGUGUGGAAGCCAUUUUGGGAGUAUCGUAAGGCCCUUUUUGUUGGCCCUUAUGCCCCAAGUGUUCUAUUUUUGCGUAUUAUCUUUUGAAACAGUGCUCAAUGCUCUGUUUUGCCAGGAGCCCCCCCUUUUCUCAGGCAUGUAGUUGCUUUUUUUAGCUGUUAUAUUAUAUGCUGUCAACUGCGUAGUUUGGCAGACAAAGGCCUCAGUGAGGAUCUGCUCUGGUGGUAGAAUGAAAAUCAUGCCAUGUUAGACGAGAGGGGUGAGAAAUCACCCCAAAAUGAUGAUUCCCAUAGAGUUGCGAAAAUAACUCUUAUAAUCCUCAAGGGCCACUCCUUGCAGCACACACAAAUGUGGAACGCUUAAAACGUAUCGUUGGUUCCCUUUGCUUUUCGAUUACUGACAUAGCCUGCGGGUUGAGCCGCAGUGACAACUACACAUGCGACCAACUACACACACACUAAUGAUUAUGUAAGCACUUGAAGUUGAAAUGCGAAAACCGUUCCUAAAUUUUCAUUAUAGAAAGCACACAGCCACCCUUAAUUGGACUUAUGUCUUUGAAUAGUUGAAAGGACUUGCAUCUGACGGAUGUAAACACAAAAUGUUGCCAUGCUCUUUUUUUUGCCUCGCUGAUUUCUUUGUAUGCAAUCACUGCCAUACCCAGCGGAUGGCGCUCUUGUAUCAGUUUCCAUAUUGUGGAACAGAUAGGCAAUAAGACGUAAGCAGUUAAUCUAGAAAUCGCUGAACUGGAUGGUCAAAAAGAAAAUUGUGCUAGAAAGUAUUUUGGCUUAAGCAUUGUAAAUAAAGGGUGUCGUCUGCUGAAAAAUAAAAAGACAACUUUUUCUCAAUCUAGCCGACCUGUUUUAAGUGAACUCCUCAUGGUUUUGUGUGGUGUGUUAAGGUUUGGUUUAUGGCUCUGUCUUUUGCCCGUUAACUCUGUGAGAAUCUCUCUAUGACCUUGUCCCUAUGAAGCUGUGUGUGUGUGCGUGCGUGCUAAUAGCUUACCUUACCCUCACAAAAAAGUAUUGCAGCUUGAUGGCACAAUCAAGAGGACUUCUCCAGAGAAAAAGAAAAAAAAUAAUAGUUUUAUGGCAACUCUCACAUGAGUUGCUUAUCCCUACAGUUUAAACUUGGCUUAUCUCAAUGGCUUCAGUUACUGCAAGAAAGGAAAGCUCUCUUAAAAGAAAAGAGAAAAAAAACAUCUGCAUUGAACUUCAAUAAGACUGCAAACUUUUUUGUUUUUAUAUAUAUUAAAAGAAGACAACAGAAGGUUGUACAAAUAUGUUCCAAGUUAUUUUUGUAAACCAUACCAAAAGUUUUACAGUGUUUUUAAAAGAAAAGAAUGUAUAUUGUUGGACACUAAACUGAACGCUUACCAAACUGCAGUAGUCAAAAAGGGGACGGGAGACUGUGCUCAUAUUUCUCUUUCCUUCCUUCUGUUUGGCAGUUGAGGCUGACCAUUUGAAAAGAGGCUGUUCAGUUUGAUGGUUUCUUGUGAACAAACUAAUACCUUCAUUAAUGACCUGACAAAAAAGGUGUGGUUUUGAGAUAUAUAUUUAUAGGAAGUUGUCUUUGUUUUCAAACGUUUCUUUUCAGAUGUUUUUGUUUUUAUUUUUAUUGUAGGAAUACAGAAUGUUCUUUCACACAAGGCUAAUUGUCUGACACAGGGGCCUCCCUGACCCUCAGACCACACACACACACACACACACACACACACACACACACACACACACACACACACACACACACACACACACACACACCAAUGCUUAUGCACCCCUGUACAAAAUUGUUCAUUGCAAACUCGACUCAUGUUGACAGCGAUUCACAGGGCCUAGCUUGGUCCCUAAGCUUGUUCCAGUUUAUUAACUCUAACUCUAAAAAAAACUGUUUUAUGUUAAUUUAAGCUAGAGCUGAACCAGAUUUAUUAAAAAAAGAUAUGUUCUGUUUUGUUUUCUUAACUGACGCAGUCAUCCGCAAAAUACUUCCAUGGGAUGAUUUGAUGUGCAUUGAAAACUGACGGUUUGGCAUGUUUCAAAGAGGGUAUCGCUGCCCACAAUGUUUUGCAUUGGCAGUACAGAAGUUUGAUGAAGCAAUACUCCUCUGUCGUUAUCCACGUUACUGCCACCUUUCCCAACUGGUCCCCCACCUCCACCCAUGUUGACAGAGGAAAGCCCAGGCUGUGUGACUGUGCAAUCUAGAUUGAAAGAACAUCUGAUUUAUCUUUUAGUUUUAUUGUUUUAUCUUUUUUUUAUUUGCACCGUUUGAAUAAAAUUCUCAUUGUAUUUAAACACUA